AUGGCCGACGUGCGAAAUGGCGCGGCGAAGUCCGAGUUCACUGGAUCCGGCGGAUCGCCAAUAGCGGAGCCGAUUAUCAAGGUGAAAGUAUUGCAUAUCCGAGUCCUUGUUUCAUCCGCUUUCGGAGAUGCGCAGAGUAACAUGCGGGACCCAAUAUCACAUGAACGAGUUGAUCGUAAUCAUGAGUGGAAACUCUCGGCGAAGUCGAGCGAUCGGCCAUCGGUGAACAUUGCCGACUUCAAGACCUCCUGA